UCUGUCAUUGUCAAUGCCAUAAGCGGUAUGGCAGAUGGCACAUUGUUAUUUGCAAUUGCUAUGUCUGAAUUGUGAAUUUAUGUAAUUAAUUUUAAUUAAUUAUUUCAUUAAAACAUCUUGCUAUUACAGUACAAAGUUUAACCCAAGUGUAACCUUGCAUAAAAACAGUGUACUACAGUGUAAAAGUCCUUGAAUUUGACAUUAACCUUUUAAAAAAAGCAAUAUGAUUCGUUCAAGUUUACAAUUUGUAUAAUAAGUGUAGAAUUAUUUUAAAUUACGACUCGUUUGUCGUUUUGUAAUAAUAAUUAAGGUUAUAGAGAAGCAGAGCUGUGAAUACCAACCAAAAACCUACAAUCAAAAUGCUAAACAAUAGUAUUAGAAUGUACAAAGUAACACAAAUACAAACGUUACUACGUAGAACUUUAUCGUUAAACGCAAAACGGAAACUCAGUAUCCCACGGACUUAUUCAUGUAUUUGCGGACAAGUAUAUUUAAAGAACCCACCAAUAUUAGAAAAUACUCGAGUACAUUCAACGCAAAGCGAUCAGCAUAGACAAAAAGUUGUCAUAGAGACCACUACGCCUAAAAUUGUCUAUGAAAAGUUGGAAGAAAAGGUUUUACCCGACCAUAGACAUAUAGAGGUCAGUCCUGGCUUUUGGAAGGAGAAGGUUGAUCCUUAUUUGAAAUUGGCAAGAUGGGAUAAACCUAUUGGAAUCUACCUCCUAUACUGGCCGUGUGCGUGGUCGAUAGCCAUGGCUUCAGUCCCCGGGACGGUUCCUCUGCAGACCUCGUUGGAGACAGCUGCCCUGUUCCUGGUGGGAGCCGGGUUGAUGCGGGGCGCGGGCUGCACCAUUAAUGAUAUGUGGGACCGAGAUGUUGAUGCCAAGGUAGAACGAACGAAGUCCCGCCCCCUAGUGACGGGCGCGGUAUCAGAGACGCAGGCAGUAGUGUUCCUGGCGGCGCAGCUCAGCCUCGCGCUGGCUGUACUGCUGCAGCUCAACUGUUACAGCAUCGUGCUCGGAGCUAGCAGUAUGCUCCUAGUAGUAACAUAUCCUUUAGCGAAACGCUACACGAACUACCCUCAAAUAUUCCUCGGCGCCACUUUCAACUGGGGAGCACUGCUAGGAUACAGCGCUAUACAGGGGGACCUAAACCUGGCUAUAUGUGGGCCCCUGUACAUAGGGGCGUUGGCGUGGACCGUCGUAUAUGAUACUAUUUAUGCUCAUCAGGACAAAGAAGACGACAUGAAAGUAGGGGUAAAGUCUACAGCGCUAACAUUCGGCGCCAACACCCGGCCGGCGCUGGCCGCGUGCCUGGCAGUGAGCGCGCUGUGUCUCAGUACCGCGGGGCAGGCCGCCGAGCUCGGCACGCCGUAUCAGGUGGCGGUCAUGGCUUAUGUGGCGCAUGCUGCUAGACAGAUAUACACGCUAGACAUGGAGAACCCAGAAGAUUGUGCUUCAAAGUUCAAAUCCAAUGCAUCAGUUGGUGCCAUCAUACUCGCAGGUAUACUAGCGGGAGGCUACAAGAAAUACAUGAAAAAUGUCGCCGAAGGUAAAAACAUACAGGACACUGCAAAAAGCUGUUUGUUCAGCUAAAAAUCCCGAGUGGUACUUUUAGUACCACUUUAGAUUUGAGUGCUAGAAUAAUAGAAAAUGUUAAUAGUGUAAAAAUA